AUGAUGAAGUGGUCCACCGCGGCCAUCCUCGUCGGCUGCCUUUUCGGCGCCACCACCACCGCCAACAUCCUCCCCAAACACCGUUCGCUCUUCCGUCCUCCCCCUCCUCCCGAAGCCGAUCAAGUCGCGAGCGCUCUCAAGGCCCGGAGCACCGGCACCGGCGUUUUCGAGCAACUCAUCGACCAUGACGACCCGUCUCUCGGCACCUUUUCCCAGCGGUACUGGUGGAACGAUGAGUUCUGGGCCGGACCGGGCUCGCCCGUCGUCUUCUUCACUCCCGGCGAGGGUGCGGCUGAUGGCUACGAGGGCUACCUGACCAACCGCACCAUCACCGGCAUGUUUGCCCAGGCCAUCCAAGGUGCCGGGGUUAUGCUUGAGCACCGCUACUGGGGCGAAUCUUCCCCGUUCGACGACCUGACGGCGGAAAACCUGCAGUAUCUGACCCUGCCGCAAUCUAUCAAGGACAUAACCUACUUCGCCAAGAACGUAGUCUUUCCCUUCGACACGAACGGCAGCAGCCAGGCCACCCGUGCUCCCUGGGUCUUCUCCGGCGGCUCCUACAGCGGCGCGCUGGCCGGCUGGGUCGAAGCCGUGGACCCCGGCACAUUCUGGGCCUACCACGCCUCCUCCGCCGUCGUCGAAGCAAUCAGCGACUUUUGGCAAUACUUCGCCCCCAUCCAAGCCGGCAUGCCACCCAACUGCAGCGCCGACCUCUCCCUCGUCAUCGACCACGUCGACGCCGUGCUCGCCAACGGCACCGCCGCCGACAAGGCCGCGCUCAAGGCCCCCUUCGGCGCCCUCGCCUCCCUCGCCCACGACGACGACUUCGCGUCCGCGCUCGAAAACGGGCCGUGGCAGUGGCAAGGCAACCAGUUCUACACGGACUACUCGACCUUCUACGAGUUCUGCGACUACGUCGAGAACGCCGCGCCCUCGCUGAUGUCCAACAGCACCACCACCACCGCUCCCUCAGCAACUGCCGACGGCGUCGGCCUGGAAAAGGCCCUCGCCGGCUACGCCGCCUGGAUGCGCGACGUCCUGCUGCCGGGGUACUGCGCGAGCUACGGGUACGCCGAGUGGACGGAUGAAGAUUCCGUCGGCUGCUUCGACACGUACGACGCUGCUUCGCCCAUCUUCGCCGACCGCUCCGUCGCCAACGCCGCCAACAGGCAGUGGGAGUGGUUCCUGUGCAACGAGCCGCUGGACUUCUGGCAGGACGGCGCGCCGGCAGGUACUCCGUCGAUCGUGUCGAGGUUGGUGACGCCGGGGUAUUGGGAGAGGCAGUGCGGGCUGUUCUUCCCGGAUGGUGGCGGUGAUGCGCCGACGUAUGGGCAUGCGGAGGGGAAGACGGUGGAUGAUGUUAAUGCGUAUACGGGUGGGUGGAGCAGGACGAAUACGACGAGGGUGGUGUGGGUCAAUGGCGAGUUCGAUCCGUGGAGGGAUGCGACCGUGUCGUCGGAUUUCAGGCCGGGCGGCCCGCUGCAGUCGACGGAGGCGGCGCCCGUGUUUGUCAUUCCGGAUGGAAUUCAUUGCUCGGAUUUGUUGACGAGCAAUGCGGAGGCGAACGAGGGCGUGCGGGAGGUUGUUGAUGCCGUGGUGGCGCAGGUGGUGGCGUGGGUGGGUGAGUAUUAUAAGUGA